AGCGCACAUUCCUAUUGUCCAAGAUGGCGGCGUAGAUGCAGACCCUCUGCUGCUGACAUGUUUUUAAACGAGUUUACGGUUUUAUUUCGAUAUAUAUGCAAGUAUUCGGCUUUCGGAGGGGUCGCGUUUCUUUCCCGGGUCUGUCGUCCGCCGCCCUGUUCCCGUUAACGCUCCCGGAACUCGCUCCCGAGGCCGGAUUCCCGCUGCAGGCACCGAAAAGUUUGAGCUCCAUCAUCCUGUGAAAAUGAAGAGGCAGGCCGGGAGGGAGACGAGUCCGUCCAGGGCCGUCGCUAAACGGAUGCGGGAACGGGAGCGAGAGAGCGGGCGGAGGGAGGAGCUGCCGCCGCCGCCCCCCCCGCCGCCGCUGGCUCUGCUGCUGGCGGAGAGCCGCGGGUAUCACCGGAGGAGCCGCAGCAGGGAGCGGGAGAAGCCGCGGCUCCGGGAGGAGCGGGCGGCCGCCCUGGAGCUCCACCACCGACACGAGCUCAGCCUCCUCGGCCGCCCGCCGCUCCGGACCACGGCGGCGGCGGCGGCGGCGGCGGUGGAGCUGCCCGCGGCCCGGCCCGGAACCCUGGAGUAUAAAACGCUGCUCAUCAGCAACCUGGGCUCGCAGGUAUCGGACGAGGACGUGGAGGACGCGCUGUUUCACGAGUUCAAAAAGUUCGGCGACGUGAGCGUGAAGCUGUCUCACACUCCGGAGCUGGGGCGGAUCGCCUAUGUGAACUUUCGGCACCCGGAGGAUGCGAAGGAGGCCCGGCACGCCAAGUCGUCCCGGCUGGUUCUGGGGGACCGACAGCUCAAGAUCGAGCCCAUGUACGUCCGGAGGCGGAGUGUGACCCCGCCGGAUGUGGGUUACCUGCCCCUGCACGCCCCGUACCCCUACAGACAGCGGUCCCUGUCCCCACCGGGACCCGGGGUCAGCAACAUCAGAGACCUCAGAGCCAGACAUUACGCCCUGGAGACCCUGGGGCUCAGCAGGGAGCGGGAGAGGCUCCUGGAUUAUUAUGGGAUGCUGGAUGAGAGGGGCCGGCCCUACGGCUUCCCUCCGAUGCCCGUGGUGGAGGACCUGAAGCCGGAGGACGACCAGAGGGCGACCAGCAACCUGUUCAUCGGGAACCUGGACGGUAACGUGACAGAGGUAGAACUGAGGAGGGGGUUUGAUAAGUACGGCAUCAUCGAGGACGUCGUCAUCAAACGCCCGGCUCGUGGUCAGGGGGGGGCGUACGCUUUUGUGAAGUUUCAGAACCUGGACAUGGCCCACCGGGCCAAGGUGGCCAUGCAGGGGCGGCUGAUCGGAGGCAACCCGAUAAAGAUUGGAUACGGCAAAGCUAACCCCACCACCCGGCUGUGGGUGGGCGGCCUCGGGCCCGGGAACUCCCUCGCCGCCCUCGCCCGGGAGUUCGACCGCUUCGGGAGUAUACGGAACAUCGACUAUGUGAAGGGGGACAGUUUCGCUUACAUCCAGUACGAGAGUCUGGACGCCGCGCAGGCCGCCUGCACCCAGAUGAGGGGCUUUCCUCUCGGGGGGCCCGAGCGCCGUCUGAGGGUGGACUUCGCCAAGGUUGAGGAGAGCCCCUCUCGCCCCUUCCCUCCCGGUUACCAGCCCCCUGUGGCAGCCCCCUCCCACUACGACCUCCUCCCGGAGACCUACAGCCGCCACCGCAGCCUGGAGCGAGAGCUGAGGGGAGCCAGGGACCGCUCCUCGCCGCCCUCCUCCCACGGCCUCCUCACCCAGAGGGAGAGAGACAGGGCCCUGCUGGAGAGAGACUACCCCACCAGCCCCACCCGCAGCCUGGAGAGGAGGGCGGGAGGAGGCGUGGAGGCGUUCGGGAGGAGCGGGAGAACAGCGAGGAGCCGCAGCAGGAGCAGGGAGCGCUGGCUGAAGGAGAGGGAGGAGAGGAGGAGCAGGAGGAGGAGCAGGAGUCCGUCCGCUGACCGGCUGACGGAGGAGAGGGAGAGAGAGCGGGAGAAGGAGAGGGGGAGGUCGAAGGUUCGAGGUCUGGGAGGGGCUGUGUCUCCCGAGGCGAGCCCAGACCGAGCACGGGUUCGAGCCCCGGACUCCACCACGGAGCCCAGAGACCACUCCCCCGACAGCGGGCUGGGGGGGCGCCACCCCGCCACCAACGAAGAAGAUCCACCGCCCGGCCGCCACUACAGCAAGAGAUCCUCCAUCGAGCAUCUCAACAACCACCACCAUCGGAACAGCGAGGUGGUCGCCGCCGGCUCCCCCGCCGUCCCCACGGACGCCGCCUCCUCCCCCGGGUCGCUGUCGGAGUUCGCCCAGGCCUCGCUCGCCAAAAUGUGGCACGGCUUCUUCGCCCUGAAGAACAGCAGCUUCCCCACAGACCUGUACCUGCUGGAGGGCGGCGCCGCCUUCUUCAACACGGCGAUGAAGGAGAACCUGAGGCUGCAGAACCAGAACCAGAACCAGCCCAGCCAGCUGAAGAUCGCCCAGAGGCUCCGCAUGGACCAGACCCGGCUCGAUGAGGUGACGCGCCGCAUCAAACUGGGGAGGCCGGACGGGUUCGCCAUCCUGCUGGCCAUCCAGGGCCCCAUCGACCGCCAGGCCCCCGCCCCCGAACCGGGCCUGCAGGUGCGCCUGCUUCGCCACCUGGUGACCUACCUGCGCAACAAGGAGGCGGCCGGAGUGGUGAGCCUGCCCGCCGCGAAGGAGGGCGGACCCGGGGCGAUGCUGUACGCCUUCCCCCCCGGAGAGUUCUCCCAACAGUACCUGCAGGCCGCCAAGAGGACUGUGGGUAAUCUGGACGAGGAGCACAUGGUUAUUGUGAUCGUCAAUGACACUAACUGAAGAGUACACACACACACACACACACACACACACACACACACACACACACAGAGCGGAGACUACAAAUACUUCCAUGUUUUUAAGAAGAAGCAUUUUAUUGUUUUAUUCAGUUUCUUCUAAAUGAAACACAGAACCAGAACCAGAACCAGAACACUACAUCUGUCUAACUCUCUCUUCCUCAUUUAUUACCUAACCUCUGAUGAGCUGAGUCACACUGUACAGACACACAGGAACCGGUCGGCAGCACUUUAUAAUAAGCGUACAAAUGAGGGCUGCCACGUUACCGACACCGCAAUACGGCCACGUGCAAUAUCUGAAUAAUACACUGCGUUAUAAAGAAGAGCUGCAGAGCCUACAAACCUUCUCGAGAUGGAUUAAAACAGGUUUGUUUUUACACCAGAGAACUCAACAACUGUCACAUCGUCGUGAUUUUAAACGUUUUCUUCCAGUGAAAUUGAAAAUGUGUGAAUCAAAUUGCAAUAUCUGCCAAACUAAUUGCAAUAUGAUGCUUUCACUGUAUGGUGCAGCCCUAACACAGAUCUUAAUGAGGAGGUAUCACGAAUUCCUGUUGCUCAACACUUACUGAUCAGGUCACUGUGACUUCCUGUGAUUAAAAGGAUCAGUUAACUUGUUAGAUGGUUUUUUUACGGACCUUUCGACACCCAGUGGUAGAUGUGUGUGUGUGUGUGUGUGUGUGUGUGUGUGUGUGUGUGUGUGUGUGUGUGUGUUGAACACGUCUGAUCGUUCUCCAUUUUAUCUGUUUAUGUUGUAAAAACAAACAAAUCGGGCAAAGUUAUUUCUUUUCUUAAGUUUUCUGUAUCUGGAAUCCUGCAUGCAUUAAUAGUUUGUUUGCACGUGACUGCAGGUGGAGGGUAGGAAGUGAUUCUCCACAUUGGAGGCACUAUCACAAACUCUCAAAAGGCCUGUUUUUAAGUCAUUUUCGCUUCGUCAGAUCGAUCAGACGGAGAAACCACGAGGAGCUUUUAUCGAGAACCAACGGUUGAUGUAUAUAAAGGGAAAAAGCUAAAAGUUCUGGGGAAAAAUGAGUAUUUUCACCACUUUCCAUUGCUCUCCACAACCCUUACUGACAGGGAAGUGGAGCCUUUAUAUCCAUUAAUGCUCUCUUCAAAGCCACCAGACUCCUUUGGCAAAAACAGAACAUUUUACCCUGCAGAAGACAGAAGUUUCUGGUCGACCGCUGCCUCGAUAGCGUGCAUCCGAAGGGACGUAUUAAAGCACCAGUCACACAAUAACACAAAGAAACUAAGUGAUGGAGGCGGCGGUAGACCAACAACUGUGUUCUGAAAGGUAAAAUUAGGGUUUUUAUCAAUGGAGUCUGGUGGCACAAAGCUAGUUCCCCGUCUGAAAACCCAAGUCUUUUCAUUUCAGUUGAAAAAUGGCUCCUGUGAAUCCCAUCCAACAUAAGACGGUUCUCCAUCUCAUCCAUUAAGUGUGAACUGAUCACACUUCUUCGUGGUGAGCAACAGGAAUUCAUGAAAACAUCCCUCAUUAAUUAACACGCAGCGUUGGUUAGUUAGGCAUUAAUUAAGCGUAUGAUUUGUACAGUUAUUAUAAAGUGUUACCCGGUGAUUGUAAUGAUGGUCUGUAAGGAGAAACACUUAAAGGAGAGAGAGGGUGUGAACGUAUACGCCUGCUGCACACACACAAUGGCAGCACUGUUGCUUUUGUACUCUGUAACAUACGACACUAAAUCUGACCUUUAUAUGCUUGUUUACUUUAUUUGUCUGUUUUUUUUUUCUUUAUUGGGAUUUACCAAGUUGUUCUGUAUAUCCAAUAUAUGUGGGACUGGGAGGUUUUAUACAAAGUGAUUGUACUGUAAACUGAGUGGGCAGUUUGUCUCCUCUGCUCGCAGCCAGUAUAGAGACAGGUGAAUUUCCUGACCCGUCCCCCUGUGACUGUAUAUUUUACAUAGCUAGUGUUUUAUCAAUCCAACCAUUCCAGUUUCUUCUUUCACUUUUGGAAAGGUCUGAGUGUGUUUGGUCUGUUGUUGCAUGCAGGAAAAAGGAAAAAAAGUUAUAUUUUGUCCGUCUGAAAAAAAAAAAAAAAAAACAAUGUAUGCCUCUCUUUCAGUAACCUGUUGUCACUUGAGAUGUUUCAGUUUGCUGGAGAUUCACGUUCAGCUGUCAUACUGGUUCGGAUUUUAUAUUGUAAACCGACUUUUACUCGAUUUUAAUACAUCAAUCCAUCCAUCUCUGA